CCUUAGACCACACGCGAUAUUACAAAAAAUUGAAUUGAAUUGAGCUGUCUUAGCAGUUAGCAGUUUAUCGCAUUAAGUACAUAUUACAUUACACAAUCUGCAGAAAAUCUGCCGCACGAAAAUUGUAACAGUGAAGUUGGAAGCUCGUGAUCACACAUGACUAAAUUGGAUUCAAUCUGAACGACGUCUUUAAGUGUUGAGUGGUUGCCAUCAGUAUACCUUGGAUUUACCAACUAAUACAUUAUAAUGAAAAAUGCCUAAUUGAGUUGCCACCCUCAACCAAGUCCUUAUUCCGACCUCCUGAAGACUGCAACAUGUGUACGGGCGUCACCAACGUGACGCGACUUCAGAGUAUCUCCCCUGAAGAGUUCGAGGAAUACUUCGCGUAUUCCACACAACCAGUCAUCGUCACGGAUGCUACUGCGGGAUGGAAGGCGCUACAGGAGUUCAGUUUCAAAUUCUUCGUGGAUUUCUACAGCAACGUGUCGUCGGGGCGAAGAAUCAACGAGUGUUUCUACUUCCCUUACAAAUCAGGUCUCAACUCUCUCGCUGAGGUUUUUUCCAUGGAUGAAGCGCGAGCGAACCUGUCUGGUGAGCCGUGGUACGUCGGCUGGAGCUCCUGCUACGAGGAGGAGGUGCGGCGGCUGCGUCAGUUCUACAGCCGGCCGUACUUCCUGCCGCGCACCGCCGAGAGCGACAUCGUGGACUGGAUCUUCAUGGGCGGCCCGGGCCAGGGCGCUCACAUGCACUGUAUGUGUACCCAGGUGGACUCUGUGCGACACAUGUCGUGGCAGGCCCAGGUGCGCGGCACCAAACAGUGGGAGCUGGCUCCGCCACCAGAGUGCCUGUAUUCCUGUAGCUGGAUCAAGUUUGUGGUGCAGCCCGGCGAAAUAUUGGUGGUGGAUACCAACUGGUGGUACCACAAGACGAGCGUGCUGCCCGGAGACAUCAGCAUCACCAUCGGAGCCGAGUACGACUGAUUCCUGAACCACCACAUUAUAAUGUGAUUCAUAUAAGACUAAUGACACAUCGCGACACUAUAAUAGUCUGAUUUCUAGCUGCAGCAGAGGGUUAUUCGCGCUUUUUAUAACGGUCCUAAAGAAUAAUUAAGAAAUAUUUUUUAAUAAAUAAACAUCUUGACUGUUGCCUCUCCAUAUAUUCUUGAUAGUGUUAUGUAUUUUCAUUGGCACAUAAGUGAAUUUGCUAGAAACCGUCAUAACCAUAAUGUUAAAACCAGGAACAAACAUAAACUUACUGUACUGUACAAUUAGUAUACUUACCUACUUGAAAAUAUAAUAUUAAAUUAGAA